AUGGAGACUGACGCGCCCCAGCCCGGCCUCGCCUCCCCGGACUCGCCGCACGACCCCUGCAAGAUGUUCAUCGGGGGACUCAGUUGGCAGACUACGCAGGAAGGGCUGCGCGAAUACUUCGGCCAGUUCGGGGAGGUGAAGGAGUGUCUGGUGAUGCGGGACCCCCUGACCAAGAGAUCCAGGGGUUUCGGCUUCGUCACUUUCAUGGACCAGGCGGGGGUGGAUAAAGUCCUGGCGCAGUCGCGGCACGAGCUCGACUCCAAAACAAUUGAUCCCAAGGUGGCCUUUCCUCGGCGAGCACAGCCUAAGAUGGUGACUCGAACGAAGAAGAUCUUUGUUGGGGGCCUAUCAGUAAACACCACGGUGGAGGACGUGAAGCAGUAUUUUGAGCAGUUCGGGAAGGUGGAUGAUGCCAUGCUGAUGUUUGACAAAACCACCAACCGACACAGAGGGUUCGGCUUUGUCACGUUUGAGAGUGAGGACAUCGUGGAGAAAGUGUGUGAAAUCCACUUCCAUGAAAUCAACAACAAAAUGGUGGAAUGUAAGAAAGCUCAGCCAAAAGAGGUGAUGUCACCAACGGGCUCGGCCCGGGGGAGGUCUCGAGUCAUGCCCUACGGGAUGGACGCCUUCAUGCUGGGCAUCGGCAUGCUGGGUUACCCUGGUUUCCAAGCCACGACCUAUGCCAGCCGGAGUUAUACAGGCCUUGCCCCUGGCUACACCUACCAGUUCCCCGAAUUCCGUGUAGAGCGGACCCCUCUCCCGAGCGCCCCAGUCCUCCCCGAGCUUACAGCCAUUCCCCUCACUGCUUACGGACCCAUGGCGGCGGCGGCGGCAGCAGCGGCUGUGGUUCGAGGGACAGGUUCGACUCCCAGCCGCACAGGGGGCUUCCUGGGGACCACUAGCCCUGGCCCCAUGGCCGAGCUCUACGGGGCAGCCAAUCAGGACUCGGGGGUCAGCAGUUACAUCAGCGCUGCCAGCCCCGCCCCCAGCACUGGCUUCGGCCACAGUCUUGGGGGCCCCUUGAUUGCCACAGCUUUCACCAAUGGGUACCACUGA